CUUUUCUAGUAAGUUCUAUGAGAUUUAUUCAAACGACGACUGCGGUAACUCCACGAGCGUGAUAGAAGUUAUUUUUCUAGAAUCAUCCAGUGUAUGUUGAAUGAUUUGAUCUGUUUAAAAGAAUUUAUUCGUAAUUUUACAAUAUUUUCUUAAUUUAAAACGAUCAUGGCUGCUGUAGAUAUUUCUCCUGCGAAAAAUGGCGGUAUUCUUAAAGAAAUCCUUAAAGAAGGAGUUGGUGAUGAACUUCCGAUAACAGGAGGCAAAGUAACAGUACAUUAUACGGGAACGUUAUUAGACGGAACUAAAUUUGACUCUAGCAGAGAUCGCAAUGAGCCAUUCAAAUUUAAUUUGGGUAUGUCAAAUGUUAUUAAAGCUUGGGAUAUAGGUGUAGCUACGAUGAAAAAAGGUGAAAUCGCUAUGUUAACAUGCGCUCCUGAGUAUGCAUAUGGAGAAACUGGUAGUCCUCCAAAAAUUCAACCUAAUACGACUCUUAAGUUCGAGAUCGAAAUGAUUGAUUGGUCAGGAGAGGAUUUAAGUCCCGAUAAAGAUGGAAGCAUCGAAAGACUUCAAAUUACUCCAGGAAAAGAUUAUGUUACUCCUCGUGAUAGAUCAUUAGUAAACAUACAUUUGACUGGAAUGUACAAGGAUGAAGUUUUUGAAGAUAGAGAUGUACAAUUUUGCCUUGGAGAAGGAGAGGAUGUAGGAAUUAUAAAGGGUGUAGAAAAAGCUCUUGAAAGUUUCAAAAGUGGAGAAAAAUCUAAACUUAAAAUAAAAAGUAAAUAUGCAUUUAAGAAGGAAGGUAAACCUGAAUUUAACAUUCCACCAAAUGCAGAUGUGGAGUAUAUUGUAGAAUUAAAAAGCUUUGAAAAGGCCGUAGAAAGUUGGUCUUUAAAUGGAUCCCAAAAAAUAGAGCAAGCCGAACUUUUGAAAGAUAAAGGAACAAAUUACUUCAAAGCUGGAAAAUACAAUCUAGCUAUCAAAAUGUACAAAAAAGUGUUAGAUUUUUUACGCUAUGAUAAAAACUUUGAAAAUGAACUUAAAGCAGAGAGCGAUAGUCUUCUUUUAUCUACACAUUUGAAUCUUGCAUUGUGCUAUUUAAAAACUGAUCAAAAUGUUGAAGCUAAAGAUUCAUGCUCAGAAGCUUUAAAGUUAGAUCCACGAAAUGAGAAAGCAUAUUUUAGAAGAGGACAAGCUUAUCUUGCGCUUGCAUCACCUGAAAUAGCAAUUAAAGAUUUUGAAGAAGUAUUAAAAAUAGAACCAAAAAAUGUAGCUGCUUCAAAACAAAUUAUAGUUUGUAAUAAUCUUAUUAAGAAACAACUAGCAAAAGAAAAGAAACUUUAUGCAAAUAUGUUUGAUAAAUUUGCACAAGAAGACAAGCAGAAGGAAGAGGAGGAGCUGCGACAACAACCCGAUGUAAUGCGUGGAGCUCUGGGUGAAUGGGGACAAGAGGAGAGACCUGGAGGUAGAGAUGCAACUGCCUUUGAAAAGGAAAAUCCAAAUAUUCUCAUGCUUAAUGCUAACGGCACAGGAGAAUUUCAAAAUAUGUAAGCAGUUGCUGCUCCCUCUCAGUACACUGCCUUAUUCUGCUGCCAACAACGUUAAAUUUUAUUAUUCGAUAUUUUACGGUGCCUUUGGGUAGUACUGGGCAUAAAAAAAGUCAUGAAGGCUUUUCACGUUAAGAGCCAGCAAAUCUCUAUAAUCAAUUUGAUACAUAUAAUACAUACCUAGUCAAUUGUAUUUUUCAUCAUUUUAAUAGUUUUAUGUUUCAAAUGACCAUACAGAUUUGGAAAUAUAAUUGUGCGUAUAUUGAUUAGGGAAACAUUCUGUAUCAUCCAUUUUGAAAUGAGUAUUGAAUUCAUUAAUAAUAUUCAUUAAUAAAAUAAUGUUGGAAAAAGUAUUAAAUUAU